AUGCACAUCGUCUCUGCCCUCAACAACGACGACCUCUACGGCCAGCCACCCUUCAUCGCAGUCGACUAUCGCGAUGAACCAGCCGUCUAUACCGUCAGCACUCGGCUCCGCGAGGCCUGGGUCACCGACCCUGCUCUCAUCCAAACUGCAACCAAUCCUGCCGCCAAUACAAGCAACACCAAUACCGAUGUUGACAUAGGCACUGUUAUCCGGGCCAUCCAAUCCAUAACAACGACUACCGCCGGUGGCAGCUGCAGCCACGGCGACGAGAACGGCGGUAAAAGUCCCGCCGACGCCCUUUCCGCGUUCCGAAAUGCGGAUAAGAACACACUACAUACGGCACUGCGCAACGCCGUUUAUCAUAAUUGGAAUCACGUGUUUUGGGACGUGGCGAGGUUCUUACGUCAGGACCAGGAGGAAAAGGGAAGAUACGAAGAGGGACAGACAGCAGAAACAAGGAUGGAAGCAGGAGGAGGACAUAAAGCAAGUGUGGGCCAUCUGCAUCCGCCGGCGGAGGGGGUGUUUCCGUUGGAGUAUCCGGAGAGGUGGGGGCCGGGUCCAUCGGACGAAGCGGGAGCGGCUGGGUUAUGCGACUGGACGGGUGGGACGACGGCAAUGGAAAGGGAGUUCGAAACGAAUGUGCUGGUUGUGCCUACGUUCGUGGAAGAGGGGGUUAAAGUGGGGUUCGCAAUUGGUGAAGGAGACGAGGUUAGGGGCUUUACGUUCGACGCGACAACUACGAGGGGAGUGUAUAACGAGCCCGUGGUGUAUUGGAUCAGAAAGGGGGAGAUGGUGAAGAUUUCCUUGAGUGGCGAUAUUGAGGACAGACGUGGCGUUGCUGCCGUGUUUGUGUAUGGGAAGCUUUGUGACUGCUCACCGGAGAAUGAAGUCACUCCAGCGCUCGAGAGUGAUGAGACAGACACAGAGGAAAUUAUGAGUAGCAUCGAGGAUGAGGUGCUGGAGGAGAAAUAA